UUGCACUGGGAGGGAAAUAAUGCUCCAUUCUACAUUGGCCUUGUCCCUCCUGCUAAUUGCAGUCACUUCCAACCUUGCAAUGGCAAUUAAAAAGGAAAAACGAGCACCUCAGACACUGUCAAGAGGGUGGGGAGAUGAAAUUACGUGGGUACAAACUUAUGAAGAAGGGCUUUAUCAAGCAAAGAAAAGCAACAAGCCACUGAUGGUAAUUCAUCAUUUGGAAGACUGUCAAUACUGCCAAGCACUGAAGAAAGCCUUUGCAGAAAAUGAAGAAAUACAGGAAAUGGCCCAAAAUAACUUCAUUAUGCUGAAUCUCAUGCAUGAAACCACAGAUAAAAACCUGUCACCUGAUGGACAAUACGUGCCUCGAAUCAUGUUUGUAGACCCAUCUCUCACAGUAAGAGCUGAUAUCACAGGAAGAUACUCCAACCGGCUUUACACGUAUGAGCCACAGGACAUGACAUUCCUAAUAGAGAACAUGAAGAAAGCACUACGCCUCAUUCAGACAGAACUGUAACCAGUAACAGUGAAAUGACCAUAACCUCUAUGAGGUGAAGCUGCACUUCUCUGUCUCUACUUGCAAAUUGAACUUUUAUCAAGCAGAUUUGGUAUAUCAGAUUUUAUGAGAAAUGUAUAUGUAUAACUUGAAGAACAAACAUAGAAAGACUAAAGCAUCCAUUUGGAAAACAUGAGGAGAAAUAUAUAAAAUGCCUUGAAAUUAAUUAUCUAAACAACUGAAAAUGAUGGUUUUAAGUGCAGCAAAUUUGACCUGGAUUUUAGCAAUCUAACUAUGAGUCUGUUAGAUCAGCUAUGACUUCUGAAGAGGAGUUAUAAACAAUCUCGCUGAUGUCUCUUUGCAAUUUAUUACAAGAGUUAGUACCUGAAUCUUGCCUCUCCAUUUUAACUUUUAUUGUAAGAAGCUUAUUAAUUGUUAGUGUACCCUUGCUUUAUACAGUCAUUUCUCAUUAAAGGAAAUGAUACUUUGCUGUCAAAUCAGACCAGAAAGGUCAUGAUAUAAAUUUUGAAAUAGCUUACAUAGAGAAAUUGUGGAAAAAAAGUGCUCUGGGCUUAGCUUUCCUCUGUAUAAUCCUUUAACUUUUAUUGUGGUAGCUGAAAACAGAAGAGACUGAGCAUGCAGUUUCAGUGGGGUGAAAAUAAUCAAAAAACAGUUACAUAUUUUGCUUCAAUAAAGAUACAGUGAAGCAAGAGAGAUGGAAGGAGAUAGACCCAGAACUCCAGUCCUGAGGCUAAGUGAUGUUUGUGAAUUCUACCAUGGGAAAAAAUGAGGAGGUUUGUCCUAGCUCUCUGCAUUUAAAUGGAAUUUCAGUCAUGGGAAGCUUAUCCCAGGUCAUGCUCCCCUUUUCUGCAGCAUUCCACCAUGAAGGUGGCAGCUUAUUGAGGGAACCCGGACAUACAAAAUCUUGGCAAAAUUUUCACAGGAUUACUGUAUGCAGGAGUGGACACCUGUUCUGAGUAAAAAGCUAAAUUCGGUUGAAAUGGCUUAUUAUUCCAGCAAUGUGGUUUUUGUUAGAGCAAAACAGUCAGCAAUUUAUCUGCAGUAGGAGCAUGUAUGUUAUGUUUCAUGUAAGCCACCUAUGACAUUUGUUUCUGCCACCUGUGUUUGCUGUGAUGUUGCCUGUGUACAUAUAAUAGCUGAGAGAAGGAUCUCUGCAGGAAAGCUCUGCUAAUUCACAAUACCUAGUAUUAAUAUGUCAUGAGUGAGUUAUAUUGCACACAUCCAUGUCUUCAUAAUUAUGUAAAAUUUGAAUAUAAGCAUAUAUUCUAACAGAGUGGAGAUAAAUGACCUGUACACUAA